AUGCCUCUACCUUAUCCCAGCCCUGCAGCACCUGCUGCAGCUCUUCUAGCUGCUGCUGCACCUCCUGCUGCUGCAGCAAACCCCCUGUCUGCAUCAACUGCUGCUGCUCCCGCAACAACAACUCACGGACUAGACGGUUCGUCUCCUGCUGCUCUACAGCAACAGCAACAGCAGCAGCAACACCAGCAACAGCAGCAGCACCAACAGCAGCACCAGCCCCAGCAGCAGCAACACCAGCAGCAGCAACAACAGCAGCAGCAACAGAAGCAACAGCAGCAGCAGACGCAGCAGCAGCAUCCGUUUCCAGCAUCUGUUGGAGGUGCACGAGUUCCUGCAGCAACGCGCUGCCGCAGCAGCAGCAUCACCAGCAGUAGCAGCAGCAGCAACAGCAGCACCAUCACCAGCAGCACCAGCAACACCAGCAGCAUCAGCAGCAUCAGCAGCAUCAGCAGCACCAGCAGCAUCAGCAGCACCAGCAGCAGGGCAGCACCAACAGCAGGGUAG